UUAACUUCUUCAAUCCAAAGCAUAUGGUCCCGUGACACAAAUUCUUCAGAGAGUCAAAAACUGAAGGAUACCUUUUCUGCUGCGCUUAUCUUUGAAGGCCUAUUAGGGAGGAAAGCCAGAGAACGACAGAACCUCAGAAUUCAUGAGCACAUGGAUGUCGAUGAAGAUCUGGAGUUUCGAGUCAGACACAAUGUCUUCCAGAAAGGAGACGACUUCCUGUUUAAUACAAGCAAUCGUGAGAACUUUAUCAAGAUUCCCUCAGCUAACCUAGAUCAAGACUCAGUAGCACUUGGACUUGCAUAUAACAAGGUAUCCAAGUUUUUCACAAACUAUUCAGCUAGUUCCCAGAGAGGCAACAAAACAAGAAUACUGGACAGUAUAAUUAUGUCCGCUGUUGUAGACCCUCAGCCUGGACUUUUGUUAGAAAAUGUCACAUUGGUGUUUAAGAACAUAAGGGUGGAUCGAAAAAACAGAAUAUGUGUAUUCUGGAGCUUCUCUGAAGACAGCUCUGGGAGUUGGUCAAGGGAAGGAUGUCAAACAAAUAUGAUAUCCGAUCACCAUACAAAAUGUGUUUGCAAUCACUUAACUCACUUCGCUGUGCUCAUGGAUUUCACCGACAAUGGUGCUGAAGGGAAGUCUUUCAACCAGGAAAAAACUCGUUCAGAUGAACAUGACAAAAUACUGACAAUCCUGACUCAAGUAGGGAUGGCUUUAUCUCUCACUGGAGUCGUACUCACAGUUAUCAGCUAUCUUCAGCUCACAGACAGACAUUCACCUUUGUGUCACACACGGGUUAGUCUGAGUUCCUGCAUUGGAGCAGGACACAUCAUCUUUUUUGCUGGAAUUAACUCCAUUGAAAACAAGGCUGCUUGCGUAACUGUGGCUGCUUUCAUGCAGUAUUUCCUGAUGGCUUCCUUUUGCUGGAUGCUUGUCGAGGGCAUUUAUAUCUACUUAUUUGUUGUAAAGGUGUACAACAUCACCGAUAAAAUCUAUCGCUACCAUGGCUUUUGCUGGGGAUUGUCUGCAACCAUGGUUGCUGCAUCUCUUGUCAUUACGGCAGGAAAAAAUGGAAUAGAAACUUUUGUCAGUGAUACAAAGUAUGUUUGA